AUGCCUACCGCUCCACCGCGUCAUUCCGAUCGACCGAGACCAUCAAGUGCUCGUGAUCUGGUUUAUUUUGAUUUACUAGAAGGCUCAUUUCAUAAUCAAAGAGAAACGCCUCAGAUUAGACCGCAGCAGGUCAUUAACUCGCCUUAUGAUGGACGUGCUGCGUCAGUUGAUCGGGAGCCGAAUCACCAAGGUGGAAAUCGAGGCUACUACUCGGGUUCAUCUCAACGCCAUAAUCGAACAGUUUACCCUCCCGGAUAUCUAUAUGGUCAGAGCCCAUCGUAUCAGCCAUCGGUUUCCCUUUUUUCAGCUGCCCAAGCGACUGAACAACGUCGGGCACAAUCGUAUGAUAUGAACCUGGAAAGGCACGGCCUCUGCGAAUAUAACAGCGCUUUGAUGCCUCACGGCGUUGGCAUUAACCGUGGUCCGUACAGUGUGUAUGGGAAUACAGGGAAUGAAAGAAUCGAUGAACUAGGAGCAGGUGUUUCUCUAAUGACCCCAGUUGCUGGCUUCAAUAACCCCAGUGGAGUAGCCAGCUAUGGCGGCUACGGCGGUGUCGACAAUAGCUCAGGAGUCAUGACGCUAUCGAACAGUGUAGAUGUAGUCAAUAUCCAACGCGAAUUCGUAAGGCUUCAUCAAGAACUCGACGUAACUAGGGAAAAGUUAAACGCAUGUAUGACGAGCAUUCGCACAUUUUGGAGUCCAGAACUUAAAAGAGAGCGUGCUAUGAGAAAGGAGGAAAAUGCUAAGUAUGCUAUUCUCGCCGACCAUCUUCAUCAACUGCAAUUGGAAAAACAGACAAUGCUACAGGCUCUGCACAAUUCCGAUGCCGAUUUGCGAAGAGAGCGUGAGAAGAAUGCCUCCCGAUUCAAGAUGGGGCCCGACGGAAAUGAAGUCAACGAGUUUGAAGUGAUGCGACGGCGCAUAGACGAGUUGACUUGCGAAAACUGUCUACUGAGCAAGUCAAUUGAGAAAGCGGAAAAGCGAGCCUCUAGUCUACAGGCCAGUCUGAUAACCACUGAAGAGAGUUUGCGGAGGCUGGUUGAGGCUGUCAAAUCAGGAAAGGCUGUCACAGCUCAACAACAGUCAGGUCAACAGCAACAGCAACAAAUUGGGGGCGGCAGCAAGACAGACCAGGCUUUAGCUCCAGUAGGGGACUCCGGUCUCGCCAGCAUUCGCAUUGACCGUCUAGAAUCUGACAGAAAUGAGAUUGGAAGACUUAGAGAACAACUAAAUGAGGCCUUCCAUAGGGAAAGUGAAGCCGAAAAAGCUCUUGUUGAAUGUGAAAUGACGAGAAACCAGCUCAAAGAUGAACUAGAUGGUGUAUCACAAGAUUAUGACGCAUUGAAGCACGAGAACGAGGGACUUCGCCUAAAUAUCCGUGAAGUUCAAACACUUCAAGCAAUCGUUGAUACAAAGGAGUCUAAAAUAUUGACGUUGGAAAAUGAAAUCCGUCUCCUGGAAGAUGAAAUCGCUCGACUUCGAGAUGAGGGAAUCGUUACUCCGACAACGUCGUUGAGCAGUGGAAUUGAAGAUGUCGAUCGAACCUUGAACACCUUUAGAAGUAACGAGCGUCUCCUUAAGUCAAAGGUUGAGUUCCUUACGAGUGAGCUCUCAAAACGUGAUAACGAGAUCUAUGCCUUACAAUCACGGUUAGAAAUGGCGGAAAAGCAACAGCAAGAUCAAAACCAUCACAUCAGCGUGCUGAAAGAACAAGUCAAAGCCCGCGAAAACAAGGUGUCGAUGCUCACUGCCGAUAUUGAGGACUUCAGAAAGCGUCUGAAAGAGAAGGAGGGUUUGCUGGAAAAGAAGACGAAAUUAGUAGCAAGCAACACCACAGGAAAACGGCAACUGGAAACGGAAUUGGCGGAAUUGAAGGAUCAAGUCGAUUUGAAGGAGAGGAAAAUUUCAUUACUUCAGCGCAAGGUUGAAAAUUUGGAAGAGAUGGUGACGGAAAAAGAAACUCAACUAACCAGUUUAAAAUCAAGGCUUUCGCGUCUAAGUAGCGAGAAAAUCGGUACAGAAGGUCCGAAGGCCAGCUUAGAAGACACUUUGAAGGAGAAAGAUAGGCAGAUUGAAAGGCUGAAGGACGCGCGUGAACGCAAUGAAGCGGAGUGGGCGGAGGAGGCGGAGGGCCAACGAAGGGUACAACUAGAGCUGCGAGGGCGGUUGGACACGGCACUGAGAGACCUAGACGAAAAGAGCGCACAGCUCAGCGAGGCACUCGAGGAGGUGGCGCAGCUGCGCAGUUCCCGCUACAAACGAGACACUGAGGUGGGCCAGUUGCAGGCUCAAUUACGUCAACGCGAUGCAGAGAUGUCCGCUCUCCAGUUGGAGAAACAGCUGAAAUCCAACCUUCCAAAACCCAUAACCCGGAAACAGAAAGCUAGCCAUACCGGUCGCCAAUGGGACGUUUAUGAGGCGGAAAUAUGCGGGACAGUCGGUCUAUAA